GGGACACAAGCCAGAAUGAGUUUCUUCGGCUUUGGGCAGAGCGCUGAAGUGGAUAUUGUAUUAGAUGGCCAAGAGACCAGAAAGACGGCUGAAAUUAAGACGGAAGAUGGCAAAAAGGAACGCUACUAUCUCUACUUUGAUGGAGAAACAGUUUCAGGGAAGGUCAAUAUCACACUUAAGAAACCUGGAAGCAAGUUGGAACAUCAAGGAAUCAAAAUUGAAUUCAUUGGUCAGAUAGAGUUAUACUAUGACAGAGGAAACCACCAUGAAUUUACAUCUCUUGUAAAAGAACUGGCUCGUCCAGGAGAACUAACCCACAACGCUAGCUAUAAUUUUGAAUUCUUGCAAGUUGAAAAGCCGUAUGAAUCCUACACUGGAGCUAAUGUUCGUUUACGGUAUUUCCUUCGUGUCACGAUUGUGAAGCGGCUGACAGAUGUGGUGAAAGAACAGGACAUCAUUGUGCACACAUUAUCUUCGUACCCUGAAAUGAACAAUAGCAUUAAAAUGGAGGUUGGCAUUGAAGAUUGCCUUCAUAUAGAGUUUGAAUACAACAAGUCAAAAUACCACCUAAAGGAUGUGAUAGUGGGAAAGAUUUACUUCCUAUUGGUUCGCAUCAAAAUUCGCUAUAUGGAACUCGCCAUAGUGAGACGUGAAACUACAGGGGCAGGGCCUAACACAUUCAACGAGAAUGAGACAAUAGCCAAAUAUGAGAUCAUGGAUGGUGCCCCAGUCAGAGGUGAAUCUAUUCCUAUUCGAUUGUUCCUGAGUGGCUACGAGUUGACACCAUCCAUGCGUGACAUCAACAAAAAGUUUUCAGUGCGGUAUUACCUCAACCUUGUUCUCGUGGAUGAGGAGGAGAGGCGCUACUUCAAACAGCAGGAGAUCAUUAUCUUCCGCAAAGCUGACAAGGCACGCAAGAACUACCAGGCAGCCAUGAGCCAUCAUCAGCCAACCAAUCCUCCCAAUAUGGCUGCUGUUGCAUCAGCAAAAGAGGAUAGUGCUGAAGAUAACAGUGCUGCUGCAGGUGAUAACUGACAGGACUGUUCUUCACCAUCAUCAGUGUGAUCAAAGAGUUUAGAGCAUGGAAAAGCAGCUUGCAUUAGGCUGGGUUGAUGUUACAUCUGAGAACAAUCACGAGUGCAGAGUGUUGGCUGCGUGACUUAAAUCUGUGCGUAAGCGUGCUUGAAUGAGGAAAGCAAGGUACGAGGGAAAAGCUAGGACAUUACGAAGAUCAGAGAAAGCCUGAAAGAUAUAUAUGUGAAUGAGUGGCCCUUAAUUUUUUCUUCUAUGUCUGUACCUUACAGACUCAAGGGCUGCCUGUUCGUCUGCCUGAAUAAGCAGUUUUAUUGAAGCCACUGUGUGCUGUAUUGUCAGUUGGUCAGAGAUGCAUGGAUGUGUGUGCUCUUGUAAUUUCUUGUUUUGUGUGACUGAACCUUACAUUGAUUAUUCCAUGAGAAUGUUAAUUAGUUGGGAACUUACAUGCAAAUCAGUUUGUACCCUGCUGGGUUUUGUAGUUACAUGCAAGCCUCUUGUUUUGUUGUUAACUAGUCACAUCUGGUUUCUGAACAUGGCAUGGUGCAGAUCAUUCUCCUUAGAAUUUUGAGGCAUUUAAAGAUAAAAUAGGAAACACUGUCACUUGUAGUCUUGGCUAUAAAAGUAUGCUCAUGUGUUUGACCACAAGUGUCUGAGAUACUAGUAGCAUAGAAUGUAAUAAAAAAAAUUAUUUUGGUUCUGUGCCAGCAAAAAGGUGUAUUUUACAAGAUAUUUUGUGCUACAGCUGGUGCAGGCCUUUAAAAUUAGGCAACUUAAUGUUUGGUGUGUAGUUUGCUUAAUUUACUGCAUGGUUCUUUUCUGUUUCAUUUUGUUUCCUUGUCUAUUCUUAAUCUACUUGUUAUUUUGGUUUCAUUUGUAUAAUGAGAAAGAUAAAAAUGUUUCAGAUAUAAAAUCAUUACAAACAUUGAUACACAAGACAUCCAUGAUUAUUUUUUCAAAUUGUAUGCACACAGAGUUUACCCACAGCUUUACUGUAUUUUCUGUGGGAAAUGAAGCAAAAUAUUGAAAUCAAUUAUUUUUUUUCCCCUUGAAAUUGUGUGGAUAGAUUCAUGUCUGUCGCAGUUUGCAUCUUUGCUAACUUAAGCUUACCACUGUCAGCAGCUGGCACAAUAAGCCAGAACAGAAAAACAAACAUUUCUCACUCUGAUGUGUCCAUUGUGGAUGGAACAAGCCGGCUUGCUUUGUAAAAGAGCUUGCAUUCCUAUAUACACUUGCUCGAACAAAGAAAAUUAAUUGAUUAAUUUUACAACAGGUGUAUUUUUUUUAAAUCGUUCAUCUUUUACAGGUAUCUCCAUCAAAAACAAAAUAUCAUUUCCUUAAAUGUCUUUCUAAAUUUUGGCUUAAUGAGCCAAAAAAAUGCAGAUUUUUCAGUACAGAAUAUAAAAAAUUUAUUUGCUGAUUGCCGAGUCAUUCUACAUAGGGUAAACAUUGAGGAUGUGUAUAUAUAGACACCAUUUUAUUAGCAUGUGACACCUUAUAAUGUAUACCUGGGGGAGAAGACAGUGUUGAGCUAGGAGGAGCAAUAACACUUAAAUAAUAUAUUUACAUCAAAGUAGGAAGUGACUUCUCUCUGAAACGACCUUGAACAGUCUGGGAGUCAUAAACAUUUUCAAUUGAAGCCUUUAUUUUCAGGUGUUUCUCGUUGAUAUAGCCUUAGUUGCUGACAUGGCAUACAAUUCAACCUUUCAAGUGUUUCACUCCAUGUUGCUUUGGUGACACACCACACCUUUUAUCUUUAAGUAGCCUUUCGUGAUUAUCAUACAUUUUGUUUACAUGGAGUGAGAUCGUUUUAUGGCUGUGUGCUGUUGUGUAUACACUAUGUUGUACAUACAUUCAUAUAAGAAGUGCAUACACAUGCUCAAACUUUUUUGUUAGACUUUAGAAGUGUUGAGUGGAAGAAGUCUUAAAGGUUGAUUAUUGUUUCGGGUUGGACCACAGAGAUCCAGACUGCCAUGAAAUGUGCAUGGGCUGGAUUCUAGGCUGCAUAGCAAAAUCUAAGGAUGUUGAAAAACUAAUCCACAGUACUUCGUCAGCUUCACGUAGUUGAGAUUUUUUAACUGGAAGGUAAAGGUUUGAAGAAGUGUCUGUAACAGUUCUCAUAUGUGCAACUGCAUUAGAAAAUGGUAAGGAUGCUGCAUGCUUUAAGAAUUAAUAAUUUUGAUAUAUUUAUUAUGUAGUAUUUUAUGUCCCUUUAAGUGCUGUUCUUUGCUUAUACCAGGCUUUGCAAGCAGUUCCCCAUUACUUUUGUCCUUGUUGUGUAGUGGUGUCUGGUGGCGUCAUUGGUUCUGUUCAAGCAGGUAAUAAAUAAGCUGUUAAUCUUUUGUUGAAUCUUUUUUUCCUUUCUUGCCAAUUGAACAUCUUAAAACAUCUGCCUACAUCUGGCCUGAGAAAAAUUAUGAUAGGGGUUUAGGAGGCGGGGGUGAGGGUCUUUCAAAUAAAGAAAGUGACUUGCAUCUAGGAUACAUGGUUUUGUCAUCACACCUGCCAUGAGUUUGAAAAAGUUUGUUGUAAUUUUGUGCAGUGGCUUGCUCACUGGCCUCUCAUAUUUUUUUUCUAUACACUUCUUCUCUUUAUUGCUUUUAUUAAUUCUUUUUUCUGUUGGGGUCACUUUAAACAUGAUUCUUGUGGUGUCAGCUCUUAUCCUUCUAGUGAACCACAGCUCAGGAACUGUCACCUGUAUUAGAUGCAAUAUGACCAUUGUGAUCUUUCAGAUGAAUCUUAAAACAUGCCUUCAAGUACCACAACCAUGAUGAAGUAUGUUGAUAGGCCUGCAUAUACUAUGUACCCCUUUGUUGAUUUGGCUGUUUUGUUUUAUAUUUGAGUCUUCAUUAUCAGUAUAUUACUUUAAGGAAGCCUUCCUUGCCCAUUUUCUUUUCUUCUCCCAGUCCCCUUUCAUAUUUUUUUGAAUAUGCGUGAAGAAGAUAGUUCUUUGAUAGUGAAUAGAAGUCAGCUCAGAAAGUUGCCUCAGAAAGACUGAGUUGGUGCUGUUGUAGAUGAGCAGAAGCAUGCACAGUUCAAGUGCCAAGGUACCUGUUUGAGAGCAUCAUUGCAGUCAGGGCUGGAGCUGACUUCAGUCUGGGAGGUAGUGGCUGACAUGAGUAACAAAGCCUUCAGGCUAGCUUAAACAGUGUCAUAGGUUUGGGAGGAUAAGUACUACAAUAAAAAAAAAAGAUUGUGCUUAAUAAAUCCAUUUGAAUUCUAGCUUGCACUUAUUACGUGGGGUAAAAGCUAGGUCAUCUUGAAGGUAGCUCUGCAGUGGAUUUGACCCGUCAGAAGAAAACGGAUAUCAAAAGUUGUUGGUACUAUAAACGUCACCAUCCAGGAUCUUGUCUUUAUUUGUGUCCCCAAGACUCAUCAUCAGACUUUACCUAGGGAUUGAGGAUUAUGACAUUUCUGUGGCAGGUUCAUCCUUGCUAGGGAUGACGCACGAGACAAGGUCAGAGGUGGCUUAUAAGAUCGAUAAGAGGGAGAAUGAAGUAUCAUCAGUUGAAACUAAUGUGGAUAAAAUUAUCUUUGAAAGUCCUUAUGGCAUUAGCAUUAGACAAAUAUAAAGACUUGCAUUCAACAGAAGAAAAAAGAUGGACAAGUCUCUUUUCCUUAGCAUAAAUAUUUUUGAAAGUGUAAGUUGUUAGAACUUUUCAAGUCAGAUUUAAAGGAUAACCAUUGACAGGCAACGGACAUUUAGUUUUGUCAGGGACUGCAUUACAACUGUUGCAUGUAUUUUGAACAGUGCUUCAUUAAGGGUGUCAUAAAAAUCAAAUUUAAGGCUACAGGUUUUUUUUUCAGAUGAACUGGUGUGCACAGACUUUAAAUUUAUAAGUAGGUGCUUGUUUUUGUGAGACUGCAGCUGGGGUAUAUCAAACAUGCACAACAUCUUGUAGACUUUUAACUUGAAAAUCCUUUUUGUAUAUUGAUUCCAUGUUCAUUCAUCAGUGUGGAAUUCCCAUUAAUAUUGUUCAUGUGUUGAUGUUUUAGACUGUAUUUGCAAGUUUCAUCCUGCUAAUUCCUUGUUCAAGCAUUUAAAGUGUCCUCAUCCUAACCCCCCGCCACCACUUUUUUUUUUAAAGAUAAUCAAGACAUGGUGCAAUUUUGUAAUAACUUUAUUCAUAACUCUUUCUUACUAUGUAAUUAUUUUUUUUAAUGUUAUGUAUGGUUUAAAUAAUUGUCUAAGAAAGGUGGGAAGUGGGUGGAUGUUGUGUGCAAGAAUCUGACUUGUUUGGUGCUGGGCAAGUCUUACAUGACCCAAGCAUUUAUGGUUAAGUUGUUUAUAAAUUUCUUUUUUAUUUUCACAACUUUAGAACUAGAAAGUAAUUUUACUAACCUACCCCAGCAAAUCAAGCAUGGAAGCUACAGAAAAAAAUUUAAUACGAUCACAUUAUGUUUUUGUGUGGUAAAGAAACUGAGUGCCUGCCAUGCUAGCAAAUGCAUCGUACUUAGAGGAUGUCUAUUUUUAGUAGAUUUCAUGCACUCUACAUAUUUGACUGUACUUUAGCGUAGUACCAUGAUAAGUUUCAAGCACCAAUCAGUGCAGACACCUUGCAUAUUACACAUUUCUUUCCAUAUUGCACUUUUUCUGUUGAGAUUGAUGAUGAUCAAGUAUUAGACAAAAUCAUUGCUGCAAUAUUUCACUAUGUCUGGCAGUUAUUUUUUAUGCUUCUUUAGAUAUCCAGCUCACAACUAUGAUGUACACUUUUAUCUCUUAAUUUACAAAUUACGUUCCUUGGACUUGGGCAAGAACAUUUUCCUAUGGCAGGUCACCUUGCCUUUAUCUGGAGUUGUGAGCAGCUUGUUGCACCUUUUAUAUAUCUUAUAAAUGCCGUAGCAUGUUGGGAUAUGUGCAUGAGAUCUUGUGCAUAUUUUUCAGUGCAUAUCCUUUAUAUACUCUUUGUGAAAAGCUUGUGCCAAAGAAUUUCACAGUAAUAUAAAGAACAACCCAGACAUUAACAGUAGAUAUAAUCUUCAGUUUUCAUUCUUUAGACAUGGUGUACUGGAUAGCAAGUCAUUGUUGGAUGUAAUAUGAAGUGUAUUAACAUAAGCAUAUGUGUAAGGCAAAAUAGUGACCGACCAAGAAGUAGGCCUGUUAUGGGAGAAUGUGCUUUUCAAGCUUCUCAUAUAACUAAAUUGCAAUAUACAACUGAUCAAUUUAAUACAGCCUCAGUUUGUUAUCUUACCUUCACCACUCAUUAUCUUGCUACUCCCACCUCCGCCACACCCUUUCACCAUAAUUUAUGAUUGAAAAGAUUUUUCCAGGAGUUACCCCCAGUGAUAGAUCACAUAACCAACUUCCACUACCCAACACACCCUGUUGAUGUCACCGCCUUUGUGUUUUGCAGGACAGUUGAUACAAGAUGUUGGAAUUGUAGUUCUGAUGAAGUCCUUGAUUGCACAUUCACUUUUUUAUUUAAUUUUGUUAAAGUACUACAAUUUUGUCAGCACUGUAUAGGACAAAUAGCUGCAUAACAUGCAGGCUAAGAACUGGAAAAAACCUUUAGGAAAGAUUUUUAACGAAAAAAUGUCCGCAAUGUAGAACUUUAUUCAAUGAAUGAAUGAACAUAGUUUCUGGUAUUUAGCUUCCCUUUCUGCAUUUUCUUAUUUGCUGUAUCCAUUUUCAGAAAGCUUUCAUCACAUUCUGAAAUCUCAAAAUGUGUGCCAGAAGACAUGACUUGUAGCUGGUGGUAUUUAAUGUCUAGAAGUAAACAGUGUAGUAUCAUACGACUUAUGACUAUUAACGUUCAUUAAUUCCUUAGCUAGUAUUUUCAACUUUUUUCCGUGUUAGCCAAGCUUUUUACAGAAAAUGCAAGUGAAACAUUGCAGCUGUGUGCACAAGUGGGCAUGCACACAUCUACAGAGAAUCCCUUCACUCAAUAUUUAGCAGUGGCUAGAAGCUUUUCCCCCCACCCUCAUUGUAUCAUGUGUACAUAUGGUGAAACGUUGUACAGAGAUGUGAGACUGUAUAUUUAUUGCUCACUCUGAUGUACAUGUACAGUCGACAAGUUGAAUAGCAGUUUAUUCAGUGCUGAGUGUGCCCUCGAGCACAGUGUUGCAGUCAUUAACUACACAGCAUUGAAUAAAUACAACAUGAAUGCAGCUAUGGCUUGUUCUGAUAAUUGUGAAAGAAUG